UCUCAUUCUGUGUCUUGUGUCUAUGGUCUUAUAAUGCAAAUUGUGUUUUUGAACAUUUGUUUUAAUACUUUGAUUUAUGAAAAUCUAACAAAGAAACAAAAGGAAUGAGAGAAGAGAGAAUAAUCAUUUAAAACAAAUAUGUUUCGAGAUAUUUUAGGAAAAACAAUGUUCAGCACAGGAAAAAAUUAUUUGAAACUUAUUAGGGGAGCUAGGAUUUUGCAUUUAGACAGUAGAAAAUCUAUACCUCAAAAACCUGAACUUAAAACAUUACCAAUUUUUCAGUAUCCAGUAAGUCAAGAAGAUACUCGCAGAGUUUAUGUGUGGGGUCUUGCAGACCAUGGGGCUAUUGGGGAAGCAACAGCAUUAUAUAAAGAUAAAAUUUCAUAUCUCUUAAAACCAAAAAGAUUAUCUUUUGCUGAACGAUACAAAGUGACAGAUAUCGCUUGUGGAUAUGGUUUUACAGUUUAUGCUGUACAAUCCUCUGAUAAAAAUAUUGUUUAUGGAACUGGAAUAAAUACAGAUUCACAACUUGGUUUUAAUGAAAUUGACAAAAAAAAAUUCCCUGAUAAUAUGGUGUUUGCUCCAAGACCAAUAAAUUUGCCACUGAAAGAGAAUACUACGACAAAAGUUAUAGGUAUGGCUGCUGGAAGAGCACACUUGUUAAUAUUAACAAUGGAAGGUUUGUUUACAUUGGGCAAUAAUGCAUAUGGUCAAUGUGGUAGGCCAAUUAUAGCGAAUGAAAAUUAUGAGAAAAGUAGGGUUGUUCAUCAUAUACCUAAUAUUAAAGGAAGUAAAAUUACUGCAGUAGCAGCUGGUCAAGAUCAUAGCAUACUCUUGACAGAGGUAGGUGAGGUUUAUGCAUUUGGCUGGGGUGCUGAUGGACAAACAGGUCUUGCACAUUACCGAAAUGAACAUCGACCAAGUUUAGUUAAAGGUGAUCUAGCAGGACAGCAUAUAAUCAAAGUGGCUUGUAUUGCUGAUUGUGUGUUAGCUCUUAGUGAUAAAGGGAAAGUCUAUGGUUGGGGUAAUUCAGAGUAUGGACAGUUAUCAGUCAAAGGAGAUAGUUGUCAAGUAUAUAUUGCUACAGAAUUAAAUUUACCUGAAGAGAUAGGACAUAUCACAGACAUUGCAACAGGUGGAUGUUUUUGCAUGAUUUUAAACAGUGCUGGUAAUAUCUAUGUAUGGGGAUAUGGUAUACUUGGUCUUGGUCCUCAAGUGCAAAAAAUAUUAAAACCAACUAUGAUUCCUCCUACAUUAUUUGGCAAUAAUGUAUAUAAUCGUGAUAUCAAGGUAACAAAAAUAUAUUGUGGAAUUAGUCAAUUAGCAGCACUAACCAAUUCAGGAGAUUUAUAUAUGUGGGGUGGCAAUAAAUUUGGAUCAUUGGGAUUAGGACAUCGGAAUGAUCAAUUUUUCCCUUUGAGGGUAGCAGUAGGAGCUCAAGUAAAAAAAGUUGCCUGUGGAGUGGAUCAUACAGUAACUCUUUGUAAACCUUUUAUUUAAAAGAGCUACUCUUUAUUCUAUCAUAUAUAUUUA